AUGACGACCGUCCGGAGGCUCCGAAUCGCUAUUCUCUGCUGUUUCACAUUCCCCGAGCGCAUCACCAAAGAAAGGGGCGGCUUCGACGACAUUUUCGCCGCAUGGAUAUUCGCAGCGGUCGACGCCUACAACGGAAAAAGACCAAAAGACCAAGUCGCCGUCGAUUUCACUGGAUUUGAUGUGUUCGGCAAAGAUCAGUACCCGACUUCGCUGGAUGACAUCGAUGCUCUGAUUGUAACCGGUUCAGCUGCCUCGGCAUAUGACAAUGAGCCCUGGAUUCAUCGACUAGCUGCGUUCUUGCAAGAUACCUAUGAAAACAACCCGUCCGUGAAGAUAUUUGGAGGCUGCUUCGGUCACCAAAUCGUUUGUCAGGCACUUCUCGCCAAGGAAGGCGCACGAGUGUUCAAGAAUCCGAAUGGUUGGGAGAUUGGCGUGCAUGAAAUAGAUCUUACGCCCGAGUUUACGUCCUUCUUCUCAAGUCUUGACAAGAGCCGCAUUUCCUAUCAGUUUCUUCAUCAGGACAUAGUAGAGUCGGAACCGCUUUUCCCUAAGGGUUGGAUUCAAAUGGGCUCUUCAGCUCUUUGUAAGGUUCAGGGUCUUCUGUUGCCCGGACGGGUAUUGACAUAUCAGGGUCAUCCAGAGUUUGAUCGAUUCAUCACCAGAGAGAGCACUAUAGCAGUGAAAGAGGCUGGUUUGAUAUCGGAUAGUGAAAACAUGGAUGAGCUUUUUGAGCUGGUGGAAAAGGAUGAUACGAGGGCAUUGGCUGGAGAGAUGGUCGUUGAGUUUUUCAUGUCCUAG